GCUGUGUACAUCAGCAAGAAAGAACACCAUCACUACUGCACCUCAACACACUGCUCUAUCUCCCAGUCACUUUGUUCAAGGACUAAAGUAGCGUGGACACUCUCUACCAAACCUGAGACUGGAAAGAGUGGACAAGAGACUUUACUAACUAGACAAAAGAAGAGGAAUGGUUUUACAAAGCUGAGAGGAGACACCUGCUUUCCUAGACUUGAUAGGAGAAGUGGUUUACGAGUACUGCAGAAAAUACCUGGUUUAUGAGGACCAAGUAAUGAGCCUGGUGUCAAAACCUCCAUCUCUGCUUUCCAACAUCCAACUUUUCGAAGCUAUAGUACCGCUCUCAAAGAAGGAUUGUACUUUUCUCAAACUUGUUCUUUCAGGGAAACCCCUUCAACAGAGGUAAGGUGAAGAGAGCUGUCCGGUGUGCUGCUUCUCGUUGCCGCAGUCCUCUCAUCACCUUCUCCAGGGUGUGUGUGUGUGUGUGUGUGUGUGUGUGUGUGUGUGUGUGUGUGUGUGUGUGUGUGUGUGUGUGUGUGUGUGUGUGUGUGUGUGUGUGUGUGUGUGUGUGUGUGUGUGUGUGUGUGUGUGUGUGUGUGUGUGUGUGUGUGAGUUGUCUGCGCUUUGUGGCACAGGAUGUCCUCGUUAGCCGCGUUGGCUGGGGUGUUAGCGUUGCUUCUCGCUGGGCUGCAGACAGGAUGUGGCUCCCCUACUGUAGCGGGAUCACUUGCGGCGGUGGAUGGGGCUACACGGGGACAGGAGCAGGGGCUGGUGGAGGAGAUCCAGGUGACCCCCUGUCCUUCCUGUGUGCUGGCCCAGAUGAGGAGGGAUUACCUGGGCUCGGAUCCGGGUUAUGUCCCGUCCCCUCCUGGAUCUGAGUCAGCAUCUGAAUCGGCUUCGGCCCAGACUUCGGCUCAGAAUUCGGCUCAGACUUCGGCCCAGACUUCGGCUCAGACUUCGGCUCAGACUUCGGCUCAGAUGGACAUGGUGGAAGCGGUGAAACAGCACAUCCUCGACAUGCUCCAUCUCAGCGCGAGACCCAACGUCACCCACCCGGUGCCGCGCGCCGCCCUGCUCAACGCCAUCAAGAAACUACACGUUGGCCGCGUGGGCAAGGACGGCAGCGUGGAGAUCCAGGAGGAGGGGCAGGGGGGCGGCGAGGGGGCGGCGCCGCCACCCGAGCCGCCCUCCGAGAUCAUCACCUUUGCCGAGCCAGGCGACACUACAUCCGCCGUGACCUUUGACAUUUCCAAGGAGGGCAGUGAGCUCUCAGUGGUGGAGCAGGCCAACGUGUGGCUCUUCCUCAAGCUGGCCAAGGGGCAAGGGCGAGGCAAGGGCAAGGUGAACAUCCAGCUUCUGCAGCGUCGCCGACAGAAGACCAAAGCUCCAGGCUUCACCGAGCCCCAGGGCGAGGAGGAGGAGGAAGAGUUGGUGUCUGAGAAGAUGGUUGACACGCGGCGCAGCGGCUGGCACACGCUCCCCGUGUCGCACAGCAUCCAGUCCCUCCUGGACACCGGUGGCAGCGUCAUCGAUCUGCGAGUCUCCUGCCCGCAGUGCACCGAGGCGGGCGCCACACCCAUCUUGGUCCCCACCGAGGGCGAGCAACCGGGACGAGAGAGGGAGCAAUCCCACCGGCCAUUCCUCAUGGUCGUACUGCGGCCCGGCACGGAGGAACACGCUCGCCGACGCGCCAAACGCGGCCUGGAGUGCGACGGAAAGAUGCGCAUCUGCUGCAAGCGGCAGUUCUAUGUCAACUUCAAGGACAUCGGCUGGAACGACUGGAUCAUCGCGCCGCCGGGCUACCACGCCAACUACUGUGAGGGCGACUGCCCCAGCCAUGCGGCCAGCAUCACAGGCUCCUCGCUGUCCUUCCACUCCACCGUCAUCAACCACUACCGAAUGCGGGGCUACGCUCCCUUCCAGAACAUCCAGUCUUGCUGCGUGCCCACGCGGCUACGCGCCAUGUCCAUGCUCUACUACAACGAGGAGCAGAAGAUCAUCAAGAAGGACAUCCAGAACAUGAUCGUGGACGAGUGCGGCUGCUCGUAAGAGACAGUGAAAGAGAGCAACAUAGACUCAUCAUUAACAAGGAGACACUGUUGGGAUGAUAGGCCGUUUAACCCUUCAAACAAAAAAAACAAUACCUUUUUUGGGAGUCAUGUAAAAAUGUGUUGACUGACUGAUCCGUCAGUUUUGUCUGAUUGCCCGACGGGAAAUUGUGAAGUCUCUGUGGCACUUUCAGAUAAAAAAAAAAGAGAUACAGAAUAUAUUUUUGGGUUGAAUGGAGAGCAAAAGUGGGACUCAUGUGAUUCCUGCAUCUCUGCACUGCAAUGAACAUGGAACAAUUUUCCCUGAAAGAAAAACUAUGCAACUGAUCAAGUAUUACCGUGUGAUCUUUUUAAAUAUUUCUUUCCACAUUAUGGGAUGUUUUGAUGUAUUUUUUAAUUUGUAUACAAGGAAGACUUUUUGAUAAGUUUUUUGUUGUUGUUUUUUGUGUUUCAGUUGUUUUCUAUUGUUACUGUUGAGAGAUACUUGAAAGAAAUAGGUUUGACCAGCUACUGGAGCCAAACACUUUUAUAAUUAAUAACAAGUUUUAUUAUUAUUAUUAUUUCUGAACUAUUUUGUCUUUUUUACAUUUUAAAAAAUUAUUAAUGUUGAAAUUUGCACUAUACCAACAUUCUUGCCAGCUUGAUCACAUUGACGGUAAGUGGCAAUACACCAGAAAUAUGUAAAUACAUAUACAGUAUACAUUACAGCUACAGACAGUCUCUCAAGCAAAGUAACAUAUGAAGAGGUUUUUUUCAAAAACUGUAAAAAAAUAUAUAUAUAUAAAUGAGCUUUUAUAGUUGAAAGAACUUCUGAAAGAAAUUGGAUUGGGUCCUAAUCGUGCCGUGGAGUUGUUCAGUGACAGACGUGCAUUUGUUUGAAAUAAAAUCAAAUCAAGUUUAUUUUAUAUAGCCCUUCGUACAUCAGCUAAUAUCUCGAAGUGCUGUACAGAAACCCAGCCUAAAACCCCAAAACAGCAAGCAUUGCAGGUGUAGAAGCACGAUUUGUUUGAAAUCUAUCACUUGAUGGUUUAUUUUAGAGACAAACGAUCAUGUCGUUCAGCUAAACCUAGUACUGCGAGGUUUUACACAGUCAAAUGUAACACAUUCACACAGUCAACAUUAGACAGAUUCUAGAAUCACACAGUCACACAGUCAACAUUAGACAGAUUCUAGAAUCACACAUUCACACAGUCAACAUUAGACAGAUUCUAGAAUCACACAGUCAACAUUAGACAGAUUCUAGAAUCACACAUUCACACAGUCAACAUUAGACAGAUUCUAGAAUCACACAUUCACACAGUCAACAUUAGACAGAUUCUAGAAUCACACAUUCACACAGUCAACAUCAGACAGAUUCUAGAAUCACACAGUCAACAUCAGACAGAUUCUAGAAUCACACAUUCACACAGUCAACAUUAGACAGAUUCUAGAAUCACACAUUCACACAGUCAACAUUAGACAGAUUCUAGAAUCACACAGUCAACAUCAGACAGAUUCUAGAAUCACACAGUCAACAUUAGACAGAUUCUAGAAUCACACAUUCACACAGUCAACAUUAGACAGAUUCUAGAAUCACACAGUCAACAUUAGACAGAUUCUAGAAUCACACAUUCACACAGUCAACAUUAGACAGAUUCUAGAAUCACACAUUCACACAGUCAACAUUAGACAGAUUCUAGAAUCACACAGUCAACAUUAGACAGAUUCUAGAAUCACACAUUCACACAGUCAACAUUAGACAGAUUCUAGAAUCACACAUUCACACAGUUGACAUCAGACAGAUUCUAGAAUCACACAUUCACACAGUCAACAUUAGACAGAUUCUAGAAUCACACAUUCACACAGUCAACAUUAGACAGAUUCUAGAAUCACACAGUCAACAUUAGACAGAUUCUAGAAUCACACAUUCACACAGUCAACAUUAGACAGAUUCUAGAAUCACACAUUCACACAGUCAACAUUAGACAGAUUCUAGAAUCACACAGUCAACAUUAGACAGAUUCUAGAAUCACACAGUCAACAUUAGACAGAUUCUAGAAUCACACAGUCAACAUUAGACAGAUUCUAGAAUCACACAUUCACACAGUCAACAUUAGACAGAUUCUAGAAUCACACAGUCAACAUCAGACAGAUUCUAGAAUCACACAUUCACACAGUCAACAUUAGACAGAUUCUAGAAUCACACAUUCACACAGUCAACAUUAGACAGAUUCUAGAAUCACACAUUCACACAGUCAACAUUAGACAGAUUCUAGAAUCACACAGUCAACAUUAGACAGAUUCUAGAAUCAAAUGUAACAAAUAACUACUUUUUUCAUAUAUAUAAAGAACUGUACAAAUGUUAAGUAUGACAUCAAUACUUAAAUACAUGAAACAAUACAAAUCAGUAGUGUAAUAUGAGAUGUGUAUGUAAAACAUUUACAUUUGACCUUUUAGUAAUUUAGCAGAUACUCUUAUCCAGAGUGACGUACCAUUGCAUUCAUCUUCAGAUAUCUAGAUGAGACAACCACAUAUCACAGUCAAAUAUACAGGAUAUGAACAUUCCAUUCCACCUAAACAAUGGAUAUAUAUAUAUAUAUAUACACUUAAAAUAUUUUAAUGAAACAUCUGAGAACAGUCAUUUUUUUACACACACAUGAAGGUACCCAUAAACAAUCAUUUCUGAUGUAAAAAAACACAAAUGUGAAAAAUUGGUGGAUAUAAAAAAAAAAUUGGAAAUAAACUCUUCAUAUACAGUACAUACUACAGCUACGGAACAUAGUCUCUCAAUCAAAGUAACACACCAAAGAUAGGAGCACCAUUAGCUUUCAAGUUGAGCAGUUUACCAGAAGGACAAUCUCUAAUGAAACAUCUCGAUUAAUAUUCCUAACAACUAGUGAUGACAAAGAGAAAAAAACACUCUGAUGUAGGAACACCAUGAAACUUACACUUAAAAGUCCUAAAAAAAAAAAAUCUAUUCCCGACGGUUAAAUGAAUUAGAUUUUUUUUCCAUCAUUUUCUUUCUUCAACACUUAUUUCACUGCCAUUAUCUUGUUCUAAAUGAUAAAACAAAUUGAAAUUGGAGAGCAGUCGUGUUGUAGACAUGUAACCUAUAUGAUAAUUAACAUACUGUAUAACAUGAAAAUGUCCUAAAUGACAAAAUAUAUAAAGAUCAUUGAAUGUGUUUUCAUUUGGUUAAUUAUUCUUCCAUUGGCAAAAGAGAAGACUCUGAAACAUUUGGACAACAUUAUAUACUCUUAAAGUUACUGAAAAAUAAGGUGUUAUUUUGCUUUGUUGUACAAAUCACAAAUGUCGCUUGUGGAUAUGUUUUUAUAU